CAUCGCACCUCCUUGGUCAUAUACCUAACAUCGUUAGCUUCAUUCAAUAGCACUGGUUUUAGCAAAGAUCUAGCAAAAAUGUGGCGGUUAAACAAAGUUCGCCACAAAGCUGGUCGACAAGGCGACAGUUUGGAGGAGCUCAAGUUAAAGAGGCGAGAGCACGAGAAAGCACUGAGACGAGCCCGCAGAGACCGGCAGCUUGUGAGCAAGAGACUCCUGCUCAAUGAUGACGAGGACCAGCCAGAGGCCACCAUGGACACCCACCCGGGAGAGCAGGACGUGGUCAGUCUGUUCCUCAAACUUCAACCCAGUGGGCCAGGCAGGGAGGCCCACCUCAAAGCUUUGAGUAAAGUUCUCCGCGACCCAUCGGCACAGCUCACCUUCAUCAAACAGGAGAAUAGCAUGCAUCUUCUGGUAGGGCUCCUCACUGGCUCUGACGCUACUUGCCGUCUGCAGGCUGUCCGGUGCCUUCAUGAGCUGUCUCACUCUCCCCACACCAACGUGUCACCGGCCUGUCUGCCUGCCACCCCCUACCUGCUCACCUACCUGUCUGGCCAGAGCACCAAGUUCACCGAGCUGUGUCUGUACACGCUCGGUAAUUUAUGCCCAGACAGCGACAUUGUAAAAGAGAAGCUCCUGGCCCAGGGAAUCAUCCCAGCUCUGGCCAACUGUCUAGAGAACCAGAGACAUAACCUGGCGGUGGUGGAAGCUGUGGGAUUCACCCUCUCUCAGUUUCUCCAGGCUAAAGAUGCAGCAGAGAAAAUAAUCCUGGCGGUCUUUGCUUCCAGCUUGCCUUCAAGCUUGUUAUCCGUCCUGACUCCUGACCCAAAGUUUGGCCUGGCACCUUCCAUCGAGUGUGCGUGGUGUCUGCACUACCUCACAUGCGGCAUGAAGGACAACAGAGUGCUGUUGGCUCAUGGGGCCUUGCUGCAGUGCAGUUCCCUGUUAGUGUCACUAGGUGGUGCUGUGGCUGAAGGAAACAAAGAAGAAGGACUGGAGCUGUUUAUCUGUCCUCUGCUGAGGUGCGUGGGAAACCUUCUGUCCUCCUUUCCCGUGACAGACCUGAGCACUCACGUGGGUGACGUUCGUCUCGUGGUGGCUCUAUGUGCACUUCUUCAGGCCUACCUGCAGACCCAGCCGUCGUUGGCUAGAGAGAGUGCCUGGGUCCUCAACAACCUCACAGCUCACUCCAGUGCUUUCUGCUCCGCUCUGCUGACUCUCAACUUGGUCCCUGGACUGAUCAAGCUCCUCCCCUUUUCUCAAGGCAUCAACACCAUGAUCCUGAGGAUUCUAGCAAAUAUUGCCCACAAGAAAAAGGAGUUCUGUGCUCAGCUGGCCCAUCGUGGAUUGCUGUCUGCACUCUGUGCCACACUGAAAAUGGCCGACCAAGAGAUGGUUACCUUGAGUAUGGAGGUCCUUUACAUGCUGGUAGUUAGUGGUCCACAGGUGGCAGAGGAGUUUGUGAGGCAAGGCGGCCUUUCACUGUUAGAAGCCGUUCAGUACAACAGUGAAGGAGAGAUUAGAGGAAGAGCAACACAUCUCCUGGAGGACCACCUGCUGUCCUACUCAUCGUACUGCUCGGACAACAACCCACGUUCUUGAGGCAACAGGGAGGCAUCAAAUGUGUCACCGCUACCAUGAGGACACACUUCAGAGGACAGGACUGAUUGUUUACUUCUUGCAAUCUGUAAUAAUAAUAAUAAUGCAGAAACAAUGUUGUUGAAUUCAUUUGAAUACCGUUUGACUGUAAUCUACUGGUAUCUCAGUGUUCUUAUGAAUGGUAUUUUAAUGUAUGCAAAGAUGAAAUAUUUUUUUAAUACCUGAGACUUUUUGACUGCUGCAUAUUGUGCCACCGUCACUUGAGAGACAGAAUAAGACGUUAUGUUGUAUUUUUGCUCAUCAAAGUGUCUCGUGUGAAACUGGAAUGCCUAAUGUCCGUACAGAGGACGGGUUUAUAUGACCGACUGUCGCUAUGUAGAAUCAGGGUGCUGCACCCUUUUAUUGGUUUUGUGAUGGUGGCCGAUUUUAGAAUUAUCGUGCUUUUUGAGCCAAUAAUGCAUCGUCAGUGAAAACUGUACUUUCAUGAAAUAAAUACGAAAUGAAUAUCAACUUCA